CGGAACUAAAAAUAAUUUCCAGUUUCUUCAGUACAGCCACUGAAGUGAAACACAAAAAAGAUAAAAACAGAGGACACGGGAUACUCUCAGCUUUUCUUUUGUUAGACGGUUGUGUGAAAACGGGUUUGAAGUUUAGCUAAAUAUGUGAGUGUUUUUAAUAAAAAUGUCUUCAGUUCAGCCUCAGAGAGAGUUUAUCAACGAGCAGGAAACUCCUGCUGAAGAAACAUUCACAGAGUUGAAAGAAAUCAACGUCAAGAUCGAAGAAGAGAUGGAGGAUCAGCGCAGACCGCUGGAUUUCACCCGGAUACCGAAGAUCGUCUUACACCGAAUAGAUUUCCAUCAAUGCUGCAUGAGUAAAGAGGAGGAAAACUCCACUUUACAUCAGGAGGGUCCAGAACCUUUGCUGAUGAAACGGGAGCAAGAGGAACCAGAACCUUUGCUGAUGAAACGGGAGCAAGAGGAACCAGAACCUCUGCAGAUGAAACGGGAGCAAGAGGAGCCAGAACCUCAACAGUUCAAAGAGGAAAAUGAGCAACUCUGUAUCAGUCAGGAUAAAGUACCACUUGUGCUGAAACAGGAGACUGAUGACAUGUUGGUGAACAAACAGAAAGGCAAAAUGGCGAUUUCAAAACAAGAAACACUCAAGAAAGCUCACCAAGACCAAAAACUAUAUUCUUGUGAAAUUUGUGACAAAACCUUUUCUCGAAAUACCUUGACAACACGCAUGACAACUCGCAUGGCUAAGAAACCUUUCACAUGUUCAACCUGUGGAAAACAUUACCCUCACAAGAGUACUUUGAUUUAUCACAUGAGAAUUCAUACAGGGGAAAAACCUUUCUCAUGUGGAACCUGUGGAAAAGGUUUCUCUUGUAAAAAAAGUUUAAAUGUUCACAUGAGAAUUCACACUG